CUCCUUUGUUGUUGCAACAAUUUGGCCAGAAGGGGCUGUACAGAGGGCCGGCCGGCUGUCAUGGCUAGCUAGCUGUGGGGCAGGAAGUUAGCUAGUUUAUAUUUUACCUUGAAAUGUCAGUGUAGUGUGCCCAGCAGAGUGUCUAAGAUGGUUGAGAUGGAACAGCUUUUCAACUUUAGGUCAAUGGUCAGGCUAUGCAUCACAUUCAUCUUGCUGAGAGCUCUCUCUACUUGUGGUGCUCAGGAUAUUAGAAAUCCUUGCGUCUCAGCACUGAAUUUGACGGAGGUUGGUAGCAAUGUUCAGGAAGGCGUCUAUGUUAUCGUCACACCUGGUGCAAGAGUUGCUGAAGGAACUGAUUUAUCCUUUCUGUGCUGUGUAUAUACUGGACUAACAGGAUUAAGCCCCCCAAGUUGGAAGAUUGAGCCGGACAGUAACGAAGAAAGUUUCAUAGUAGGCCCUGAAAAAAUAUACUCACCACAAUAUGGACGUCUUUUGUUGCCUCAUACUAUGAAUGCAACUGCUACAUCUUCUAUUAACAAUACAAACGUCAUUUGCACUGCUAGUGCCGCAUCAACUGUGUUAAUGAGCAACUUAACAACAAUCAUUGUGAUGGGUCCACUCCAAGCUCCUAAUCCUGUGCUGGAAGUGGUUGACAAGAUUCUGAUUGUAAGAUGGAAUCCAGUGUUUUCAUGGCCAGAGCACCCAAUCACUGGAUACAGAGUAACACUUCUUCGCUCAAAUGGAUUGGAACGACUGCUUAAUGAAACAAUUAGUGAUACGAGCAUCAGGAUUCAAGUACAACAAGCAAGCCUCCUUCUUGGUACUUUUCUAGAAGAGUGUGAAGAGCUGAUAUUUUUUGUUAGUGCUGUCAAUGAGCUCGGUGAAGGUGAACAGGGAAGCAUCACAGGAGGUCUCCCUAAAACGAACGGUCUGACGUCUUACAAUUCUACAGUACAAGUUUUUGUACUCUUUAAUGCUGAACUUGAACCAAGAGCUGAAAUCAGUCUCAAGACACCUUCUCUGUGCCCAUACCAAACCUUGAAUUACACACUCUUUAUUGAGGGAGAAAUCAACGGAAAACAUCAAACAGUGAUUAUCAGUGACCAACUCGAGAUUCAAGAUUCACCAGUGGAAAUUCUUAUCAGCACAAUGUCGUAUCAUCCCCGCCUCAGUUUCUCAGCACAAAAAGAAUACUCUGUUUACGUCUACUUAAGCACUGCUGGUGGGGAAAGUAUUUUCACUGAAUCAACCAAUUUCACUUCCAAUGUUUCGUCAAGAAUUAUUAAAAAUGAAGGCCUGUCGAUUGACGAUAGACUGAUACUGGCCAUUAUCCUGACAAUCUUGUUAACUCUGGUUGUUGGAGUCUCCAUUGGUGUCCUCAGUGUGCUGGCUGUGAACAAGUGCAGGAGGUCUGAGAAGAUCAUUCUGAAAGCUGAAACUGAAAUGAGACCACCACCUGGAGUACAAGAAAGCACUAAACCAGACCCCCACACUCAAGAGAACCUUGCCUAUGGACAUGUACAUAGUUUCAAGCAGUGAGUCAGUCGAGUACUGUUCAAUAGUUGGCUCAUAUACUCAAUGUUUCCACUAUCAGUUUUACCUUCUGCUGACGCUCUUAGAUUUGUUUUAUUUGUUUGUAUGCUGUAGCAUAAUUUCAUUGUACAUUUGCUUGCAUUCCUG